AUGACCUGCCGAAUUCGUUGUGAAAUAUGUGCACCAAGCCCCCGAUUGAAACAAUUAGACGCAAACCAUGCACUAAGCCUCCGAUUGAAACAAUUAGAUCGCAAACCAUGCACCAAGCCCCAAUGCGAAAUUUCACCAUCGAAUCUAAAAAGGGAAGGUCGAUUUCGACUAACUCAAUUGUCAAUGACCGUCCAAAAUCGAGCGAUAUUCCAAUUUUACCUUGUUUGGAUAAAU